AUGCCGCACCUCGCAGUAGCCGACAUCCGCGCUAUCCCGUUUGCCAAACUGCGCCAGUCCGGCAUUGAAUACAUGGUCUUCGACAAAGAUAACUGUCUCACUGCUCCCUACCUCGAUGUAGUCCACACUGAGUUCCUGCCCGCCUGGGAAAACUGCCUCGAUGUGUUCUCUCCGAAGCAAUCGCGCGCGGUUGAAGCGGCAUUGGGCGUGCGUGUGCUCAGACAUGCUGUCAAGAAGCCGGGGUGUGGUCCCGAGGUAAUCGAGGCAUUUGGAAAUGUGUGCCCGGGGAAGAUCGCUGUCGUCGGCGACAGAUUGAUGACGGAUGUCGCGCUGGCAAACUUCAACGGCAUGAUGGGCAUAUGGACAAGAGACAUAAUCACUACCAAAGGCGAUAACGCAGCGGCU